CCGCCGUCCCCGAUCUCGGAGCCCCGGUCCCUGAGCCCGGCCCCAUCCCCUGGAGCCCGGUCCCUGAUCCUGGGUCCCUGUCCCCGAUGGCAGAUCCCCGUCCCUGAUCCCGGUCCCUGAUCCCGGGUCCCUGUCCCAGAUCCCGGUCCCCGAUCGCAGACCCCGGUCCCGGAUCGGGGUCGCGGAUCCCGUUCCCAGCCAUGCACCCCGCGGGGCUCUGCGCGGCCUCCCUGGGCUCUCUGGGGCUGCUGCGGCUCUUGGGGGCCCCGUGGCCCUGGAGCGUGGCGGCCUCGCUGGGGCUGUGCCUGGGCGGCGGCGGGUGGCGGCUGCUGCGGCUCAUCGUGCGGACGGCGCCCCGGGACCUCUUCGGCCUGUGGGUGCUGCUCCGGGUGAAGUUCCACCUGCGGCGGCACCAGCGCUCCCGGGCCACGAUCCCGCGGCUCUUCCAGGCCGUGGCGCGGCGGCUGCCAGACAAAGCCGCGCUCAUCUACGAGGCCACGGGCGAGCGCUGGACCUUCCGGCGGCUGGACGAGUUCUCCAACGCCGUGGGCAACCUCUUCCAGCAGCUGGGCUUCGGCUCCGGGGACGUGGUUGCCCUGUUCAUGGAGUCGCGCCCGGAGUUCGUGGCGCUCUGGCUGGGCCUGGCCAAGGCCGGCGUCGAGGCCGCGCUGAUCAACUUCAACCUGCGCCGGGAGUCGCUGGUUUAUUGUGUGGCCGCCUCCGGCGCCAAGGCCCUCGUGUUCGGGGGGGAGCUGGCGGCAGCGGUCUCGGAGGUCAAUGGGAUGCUGGGGAAGAACAUGGAAAAGUUCUGCUCCGGGGAAUAUAACCCGGAUCUGGUCCCUGUGGACACCAAACACCUGGAUCCGCUCCUGAAUUCCGCCCCCAAAUCCCCCCUGGCGCAGAUCCCGUCAAAAGGCCUGGAUGACCGGCUCUUCUACAUCUACACGUCGGGCACGACGGGGAUGCCCAAGGCGGCCAUCGUGGUGCACAGCAGGUAUUACCGGAUCGCCGCCUUCGGCUACUACGCCUACCGGAUGCGCCCCGAGGACGUGAUCUACGACUGCCUGCCCCUCUACCACUCGGCAGGGAACAUCAUGGGCGUGGGGCAGUGCCUGAUCCAUGGGCUCACCGUGGUCAUCAGGAAGAAGUUCUCGGCCAGUCGCUUCUGGGACGACUGUGUCAAGUAUCGCUGCACGAUCAUUCAGUAUAUCGGGGAAAUCUGCAGGUACCUCCUGAACCAGCCGGUCCGUGACUCCGAGAGCCGGCACCGCGUCCGGCUCGCGGUCGGCAACGGGCUCCGGCCCCACAUCUGGGAGGAGUUCACCCGGCGCUUCCGGGUGAAGCAGAUCGGGGAGUUCUACGGAGCCACGGAAUGCAACUGCAGCAUCGCCAACCUGGAUGGGAAGGUGGGAGCCUGCGGGUUCAACAGCCGGAUUUUGCCCAACGUUUAUCCCAUCCGGUUGGUGAAGGUCAACGAGGACACCAUGGAGCUGAUCCGGGAUUCCCGGGGGCUCUGUGUCCCCUGUCGCCCAGGAGAGCCGGGGCUGCUGGUGGGGCAGAUCAACCAGCGGGACCCUCUGCGGCGCUUCGACGGCUACAUCAGCGAGAGCGCCACGAGCAAGAAGAUCGCCCACGACGUCCUGCGCAAGGGGGACCAGGCCUAUCUCUCAGGGGAUGUGCUGGUCAUGGACGACCUGGGAUACAUGUACUUCCGAGACCGGAGUGGGGACACGUUCCGGUGGCGCGGGGAGAAUGUCUCCACCACGGAGGUGGAGGGAGCCCUGAGCCGCAUCCUCAACCAGACGGACGUGGUGGUGUACGGAGUGGGAAUUCCAGGUGUGGAGGGCAAGGCGGGCAUGGCGGCCAUCGCGGACCCCUCGUCCCGGCUGGACCCGGGGGGUUUGUACGAGCAGCUGACGCCGGUGCUGCCGCCCUACGCCCGGCCCGUCUUCCUGCGCCUGCUGCCACACCUGGACACCACAGGGACGUUCAAGCUGCAGAAGACCCGUCUCCGGGCGGAGGGUUGGGACCCCCGGCUGGUCCCCGACCAGCUCUUUGUGCUGGACCCUCAGCGGGGCCGAUACGUCCCCCUGGAUCGGGGGAUGCACCAGCGGAUCUGCUCCGGGAAUGCUGGGCUGUGACCCCCUGGAUCCCGGGACAUCCAACAGAUCUGUGCCAGGAAUGCCGGGCUGUGACCCCCUGGAUCCCAGGACAUCCAACAGAUCUGUGCCAGGAAUGCUGGGUUGUCACUCCCUGGAUCCCA